CCGCCGCCGCCCCACCUCGCAGAGAGAGAGAGACGCGGCCGCCGGCGGCGACCGGAGAGAGAGAGAAAGCGCAGAGCAGCGUCCCAUCCUUCCGCUUCGCCUUCGCCGCCGCCCCGCCGGCCAUGUCGGUCGAGACGGACCGGAGCUCCACGGAGUCGUCCGCGGUGUCCGGGCUCGACUUCGAGGACACCGCCCUCACCCUCCGCCUCCCCGGGUCGUCGUCGUCCGCGGCGUCCGAGCCCGACCGCAAGCGCGCCUCCGCCUCGGACGACACCGACCGCCGCUCCGCCGCCGCCGCCGAGUCUCCCCCUUCCCCCAAGGCGCGGGUGGUGGGGUGGCCGCCGGUGCGGGCGUUCCGGAAGAACGCGCUCGCGGCUUCAGCGUCGGCGGCGUCCCGCAAGGCCAAGUUCGUCAAGGUGGCCGUCGACGGCGCGCCGUACCUGCGCAAGGUCGACCUCGAGGCCUACCCGGGCUACGACCAGCUCCUCGCCGCCCUCCAGGACAAGUUCUUCUCCCACUUCACCAUCCGCAAGCUCGGCAACGAGGAGAUGAAGCUCGUCGACGCGGUGACCGGCACCGAGUACGUGCCGACGUACGAGGACAAGGACGGCGACUGGAUGCUCGUCGGAGACGUCCCCUGGAAGUGA